AUGCAGGUGUUCGAUGGAAAACAUCCUGUCGAGUCCGGAGUGCAGUGUCCUGCAAGUUUGCACCUUCAUCGUCUGCAUCCAGGUGACCAUAUUGCUGUUCUGCGUUUAUUUGUGAUAUUUGUAUGGAUAUAUAUACCAUUUACACUUAUACUAUAUAUAUACAUAUAUUUGAGUGCUUAUAUUUACUUUACGCUAAUUAAGACCUUCGUGUUUUGUUUACGUUUUUACAGAAACUACACCAAAUACGCAGAGGAUACGACAUCGCGUGACAGCGACUCGCUGAUCCAGGAGUACGGCAACAUACCCACAGAGGAGACAAACACAUACUGUUGGCGGCAUCCGAAGGUGCGCGAAAACUGGCGAACUGUAUUAGCGGCUGUCACCUUGCUGAUUGUCGGCACUGGACUCUUUGUAUUCGGCACAUUCGCUGUCGCAGAUCCGGCGAACACAUCACAGGGUGUGGUGUUCUUUGUUGCCGGCUUAAUCUGCUUCAUACCGGGCGCCUAUCACGUCGUCUACAUUUGGCUGGCAGCCAAGGGAUACAGAGGGUUCGACUUUUACCACCUGCCGUUGUUUACAUAAAACAACGACGAAGCCAACACCGUCAACUACCAAGCUAGAUGGGUAGACAACAAUGACGAUGACGAUGACGACGGCGACGAAGACGACAACAACGACUACGACAUGGGUGAAGGCAUUAAUCAAGACGUUGGCCAUGGCAAUGAUAAAACCGAUAGUAGAAUGGCUUAAUACGCAACGAAGUUGCAUAUGUCUCAUAUAUGUACAUGUACGCGUAUGUUUAUCCAGCAUUCAGAGCUUGACAUUAUCCUUUGCUUACAGCGCUGUUUUGUCGUCUUAGAAAUUUGCGUGUUGUGUGUUGACCGGCGGCAUAGUCGAAAUAUACAAACAUAGCUAAUAUUACGGUAGAAAUAGUCUUCGCCGCGCUUAAAAAGCAGCUGAUUUUUUUGUUACUAACAUCACAACAUCAUCAUUACAUCUUAACUAAUUUGUGGCGCUUGGAGUUUUCAAGGCAAACACACUAAAAAAUCGUAUUGCCUAGCGGUCGCUCACCACCACCAUGCGUACACACGUCAUUUUGUCGUUGUGGAGUUUGACUAAACACACACACAUAUACAUACAUACAUAGUUUACUUCGGCCCGGUGGGCAAAGUGCACGCCAAAUUUAUAUGACUUAGAAGGCUGCGUCUCUAACUCAUCUUAGUAUCUAGUUAAGAUAUACUAAAAAAACGCUUCUGAUAUUACAUAAACGGUAUACUAUAGUAAAACGUAGAAAGCAAUGAAACAAUAAGUGUCACUCUCUUAGUUUUAUUACACGUACGAAAUUCUAAAUUUCACUAUCGCUGGUAAAUAGUUUUCUAUUUAGUUAUGUAUAUUUAGCUGUGUAACUAAGUGUGAAUUUCGAUACUACUUGCGUAAGGACGGCUACAAAUUGCAUAUGGAAAAUGAACUGAACUAAAGUGAAAUACAUUAGAAGUUAGGGGGAACCGACAAGCGAAGUCGGCUGCUGUGAAAGGAGUUGGAGCUCUAGACGGGUGUUCGUGGGCAUGCUGUAGUGACUGAACAAAGAACAAAACCAACAUUUGUCAUAAAUCGAAGCACGUAGCUGGCAUUUAAUACAGUCAACUUAAUAUUUCGCUUAUAAACCUGCGAAAUGUCUACAUAAAAAUAUAAAAAUUAAUAAAUUAAUAGUGUCCAAACGAUUCCCUUGUAACAUUUUCAAAAAAAAGUAAUAAAAAAUUAAAUGUAAAAUAUGCAAAAGUUAACAACAACGCCUGCACGCCACUAAAAAUUAAGAAUUAUAAUAACAACUAAGCGUUUAUGCCAAACUAAAAAGUGCACACACAUUUUUAGGAAAUUUAAGUAACCAAUUUAGCAAUACAAAGAACGGGCCGUUUUGAAAGCAAUGCUGGCAAGAAAUUAAAAUCCUUUUUUAGCAAAACCUUAUUACGUGUGUGCUUAAAAUUACUGAUUAGUACUGAUUUGAAAAAAAAUUUUUGAUUCGUUUGAAAUCGUUUGGCCCCUGAACAAAUCCUAUCACUGACCGAAAGCUAACUAAAACUAGUACACGAAAAUUGUGCAGAGCAUACCAACCCCUGAUCUAUUCACUGUUAAAGUAAACAAAUCGCAAAAAAUUGUUGCGAACACCGGUUCUCCAUAAGGACUGCAAACCCUUGAGUAAUUGGUUCGAUCUCCCCCCACUCUCGGUCUCUGAUGAUGUAACGAAAUUCUGUUUUAACGUCUCAAUUAUUCUAUGUAUCGUCAUCUAAAAUGCAAAAUAACGAAACAUCACUUUUCAUAAGUUUCCAGGCGAAGGAAAAACAAAGUAAUAAUAAACACUCAUUUUUGAACAAAAUUUUAGUUUUGGUUAUAUAUCCGUUAUAUAUCGGUUAUAUUUGCUAUACAUAUGUUAUAUGAUAUAUUAUAUCGUAAGCAAUAAAAAAACUCAACCACUCAUAUUGAAACAAAAUUUGAGUUUCGGUUAUAAAAUGUUUAUAUAUUGGUUAUAAAAUGGUUAUAUCUGCUAUACAUAUGUUAUAUGAUGUAGUAUAUCAUAAACAAUAAAAAACUCAACCACUCAUAUUGAAACAAAAUUUGAGUUUCGGUUAUAAAAUGGUUAUAUAUUGGUUACACAUUGGUUUUUAUUGGUUAUGUCUGACAGCCGACAGUUGACAAUAAAACAAAAUAAAACUCAAUAUCGCCUUUUUUCAUGAUACGUUGUUUUGAAUUUUAGCUGACGAUAUACUCGUAAUUCUUCUGGCUUCUUGAAGCAUCCCAAGUAAUAUCAACCGCAAUAAAAACGCCCGUUCUUCUUUCAAGUCCAUACUUUCGUCAAAUUGAUAAUUAUCUACUCGAAUUUCGAAAUCUCCUUGGUAUGCAAAUGAGUUCAGAGUGUUAUUCAUUGUAAGGUUAUGUUUGGCAGAAUACAUAAUAAUAGAGUGUAUUGUUGCGAGUGCAUGUGUGUGUAUAAUGCGAAGACUUUCUUUUUGUAAUGCAUUUGUAUAAUUUUGAAAAUAUUGAAGAAAUCAAAUAAAAUCAAGAGGAACGACAUACUUAGCUUUUAAGUCAUAAUAUUUAAUUCUAAGUAAUAAUCAAAUAAAACUCGAGCAGGCUUUGUAGCAACCAACUACAUAUGUAUGUAUGUACAUAAGUGUAUGUGCGCUGCAAUAGCAGCAAGCCGUUCAAUCGAAUGUGUUACAUAAGCUUAAGAAUUAAGAAAACCAAAAAAUUUACUUAUAUUUAAAUAUAUUUUUUUAUAAAAUUUUUUCCUUUUUCGUUACGCCCCACAAGUUGAGAAUUUAAUUUUACCAUUUUGUUUUAUUUACAUACAUACACAUACAUACAUACAUGGUGUAAAAACUGCAUUCGCAUGCGAAAUAAAUUGUGGAAAAGUUUAGCUCGCUGCAAAGGCAGUGAAAUGUUUGUAGAAAACGAGAAACUAUGGCGGCAUGCAAAAUUUGCGAAUUUUAAAACCAAAUUUGCUUAUUAUUGUGUCGAGCACAGUACACUUGCGAUAUUUACUUUUAAAUUAUUAAUUACUAAUUAUCAUUAGCCUAGUAUUUAGGUAAUCGAUCAAUGUCCCUCCACUAUUUCUGGCAAAUACUUUUUUUAUUUCGUUUAAAAUUUUUAUAUCGAUUUAUAUAUACAUACAUAUAUAUAUAAUGCAUAAUGUACACUUUUAAUGCAGGCAAUAAGCGAUAAUAAAUAUCUCGAUUCUUAUUUAAAGUAAAAUGAAAA